AUGGGGACGCGCGUCGCAGUGUCGUGGUGGAUGCCUGCGUUGAUAGCCUGGACUCUCGGGUGGUUAGCUCUCUCCAUCUUCGUUAUAUGCCGCAUCCCCCGCAUCCCACCAAUGCCCCCUGAUCCUGUGGAGCUCAUUAGGGUGAACGUGGGGCUGAUCAAGGUGUUCAACGGGUUCGGCCCUACCUGGCGUACUGGGAGUACACGGGGUGCCUCAACAGUCAUUCCCCCCAUCCCCGCGUUCCCCGCGCCUCCCCGCGCCUCCCCGCGCCUCCCCGCCCCUUCCCGCCCCUCCACUGCGCAGGUGAACGUGGGGCUGAUCAAGGUGUUCAACGGGUUCGGCCCCAAGGCGCCGGACCUGGCGUACUGGGGGUACACGGGGUGCCUCAACAACCGGUCGUGGAUCAGAUACGCCGAGGAAACGCAGUACGCCAAGCGCUGGAUGACCAACGCCUGGCUCGCCUUCGUCGACGGGCAGGACAGGCCGAUGAUAGAGAAGUCGCUGGGGUGCCAGUUUCAGAGCAUCAACAGCCUGGAGGCGAAAGUGAGCGCGCGCAAGGACUGCUACGUGGUGAACCUGUUCCAGUUCAGCCCCUUCUACAACUGGCCGCAGUGCACUGAUUAUACAGAUCGCUUCGGCGAGGGCUGCAGCAACCUCAACACCAAGUGGAAGAGCCGUGGCAGCCCCCCGUACCGGUUCCGGAAUGGUGAUAUCGGAUUCAGUUUCGGCAUGCCAGUGUUGCGUCACCCAAUCGACGACAACGCCACGUCAGAGGAGGUUCUGGCAGCACUGGCGGGUUUCCUUGCGCCUGGCAUCGACGCCGAGGCGCUCAUAAAGCACACACUCUACUCUGUACUCGAUACAGGCAACUCGACCGCCAUCUCAUUCACAAUGUAUGACGUCACGAACGCGUCCAACCCGCUCAUGGUGUUCGGGGACACACAGCCCGCCACGGGCACCAACCCCAUCUACCCCAUGGUGCUGCCCGCGCCCAUCCCCCCGGGCGACAAGGUCGUGCAGCCCUUCCCCGACGACUUCAUCGGCCGCCGCUACGAGGGCCACUGCCGCUACCGCCACCCUCCGCCUCUCUGGGGCACUCUCCUCGCUCCCAUGCUCCUCGGGUUACUGGUGCUUCUCGUAGCCGUCCUUCUGACGUUUAUCAUAGUGUCGCUUGCGCGGAAGAAGGCGAGGAUACGGCAGCAGAUGGCGGAGGUGGAGGAGUAUACGCUCGCGCUGGAGCAGGCGGAAAGGUCCAAGAGUGAAUUCGUCGCGAACCUGUCGCAUGAGCUGAGGACGCCUAUAACGGGGAUGCUAGGGAUGAUGGACUGGCUGUUGGAGUCGAGUCUGUCAGAGUGGCAGCACCGGGAUUUGCUUGAUGCAAAGACAUGUGCCGUGGAGGCUAUAGGGCUGCUCAACAGCGUGCUUGAUCUGGCCAAGCUGCAGGUACGGCUGACAAGGUGGGUCUGGGCUGGGGAUGCCAGGGAUGAUGGAUUGGCUGUUGGAGUCGAGUCUGUCGGAGUGGCAGCACCGGGACCUGCUGGAUGCCAAUACGUGUGCCGUGGAGGCCAUCAGGCUGCUCAACAGCGUGCUGGACCUCGCCAAACUGCAGGUGAGUCUGCCGUACCUUGCUGCAAGGUGGGGCUGCGCGCUAAAGGUAUGGCUGACAUGCCGGGGAUGCUGGGGAUGCUAGGGAUGAUGGACUGGCUGCUGGAGUCGAGUCUGUCAGAGUGGCAGCAUCGGGACCUGCUGGAUGCUAAGAUGUCUGCAGGUGGGGCUGGGGUCAAAGGGGGUGGGGCUGGGGUCAAAGGGGGUGGGGCUGUGGGGUUGUGGGGCACUAUGGCGAAGCGGUUGGUGCUGGAGGCCUUCCCGUUCAGUCCCCACCAGUGUGCUGACCUGGCAGUGCGCGCCCUCAUGCCGGACGCCCACAAGAAGAACCUGCAGUUCAUGGUGAGGAUGCAUGCCAGUGUGCCGGAUGUGCUCAUAGGCGACCCCACCCGCGUGGGGCAGGUCAUGCGAGAACUCAUCAGCCACGCCAUCCGCAACACCGUGUCAGGUCGGGUAAUCCUCCACCUCUGGUGUGUGCCCGCUCCCGUGCCUGUCCAAGCCGUUGCCGAAUCGACCGAACCUGACCUGGAGGCCUGGAUCCAAGGCUUGGAGGUUAGGGGAGAGGACAAGGAGAUUGAAGGAGGCGUAGCGGGGGGCGUGUACGGUGGUAAAGUGGCUGCUACUGCUGCUGCAAACGAGGAUGCUUAUAUUGCGGAUGAACGGCAAAGGGAGGAACUAGUGGCUCGGAUGACGAGGUGUGGCAGUGCGGAAUGCUGUGGUGCUGCGGCUAGGGAUGCUGGUGGCAACAAUGGUUCUAGUAGUGAGGAUGCUACUAAUGGGGUUGCUGCUGCUGGUCGCAUUGGCUGUUUUGGCUGGAGACAGAGCAGCGGGCGGGAGAUGGGCGGCAGCGGGCGGGAGAUGGGCGGCAGGAGUGGAUUAUCAGAUGACUGCUGCAAAGCGAGCUUCAGAUACAGCCUGUCUCAGGUACUUCGUGCUAACCAGUUCUACCUUUUGCUUGCUUACUUCCUCCCCGACCCACCCUGCCUCCCACUCCUCUCUCUUUCUCUCUCUCUCUCUCUCUCUCUCUCUCUCUCUCUCUCUCUCUCUCUCUCUCUCUCUCUCUCUCUCUCUCUCUCUCUCUCUCUCUCUCUCUCUCUCUCUCUCUCUCUCUCUCUCUCUCUCUCUCUCUCUCUCUCUCUCUCUCUCUCUCUCUCUCUCUCUCUCUCUCUCUCUCUCUCUCUCUCUCUCUCUCUCUCUCUCUCUCUCUCUCUCUCUCUCUCUCUCUCUCUCUCUCUCUCUCUCUCUCUCUCUCUCUCUCUCUCUCUCUCUCUCUCUCUCUCUCUCUCUCUCUCUCUCUCUCUCUCUCUCUCUCUCUCUCUCUCUCUCUCUCUCUCUCUCUCUCUCUCUCUCUCUCUCUCUCUCUCUCUCUCUCUCUCUCUCUCUCUCUCUCUCUCUCUCUCUCUCUCUCUCUCUCUCUCUCUCUCUCUCUCUCUCUCUCUCUCUCUCUCUCUCUCUCUCUCUCUCUCUCUCUCUCUCUCUCUCUCUCUCUCUCUCUCUCUCUCUCUCUCUCUCUCUCUCUCUCUCUCUCUCUCUCUCUCUCUCUCUCUCUCUCUCUCUCUCUCUCUCUCUCUCUCUCUCUCUCUCUCUCUCUCUCUCUCUCUCUCUCUCUCUCUCUCUCUCUCUCUCUCUCUCUCUGCCCUCUCUCUCUCCCCCCUGCAGGACGAUCCUCGCUUCUCUGAUUCGCCAGUAGCUGGGAUGAAUUCAUGCGUGCAGAAUUUGAGGCACCUCAAAAGUCACCUCCCCCUCCACUCCUCGUCCCUCCCCUUCACCGUUCUGGUGCCGACAGCAGUAACGUUUCAGUCAAUUCAACCCCCCCUAACCCCUCCCCCCUUCUUCCUUUCUUCCUCUCGUCCCCCUCCCUUCCUGUCUCUCUCUCAGAUGAAUGCAUACAUCCAGCCAGCUGGUGCCGACAGCAGUGCUAGCGCCACCACACAUGCGCCCACCAAGCACACUUCCGCCUCCACUGCCUUCUCCUCCCUCCUGACCUCGCUGCCGGGGAGGCUGCUCAGGCGUGUGAUGGGCGCAGGGGAUGACAGUGCGUCGGGGAAUGCGCGCGGUGGCAAGGGGUUUCAGGACGCGUGGACGCCUUAUCCUGUGCGCUUCCUGCUGUCUGCGAGCCUGGUGAGUGGUGGGAUGCUGAGGGCAGGUCCCAAGGGGAGUGCUGAGGGGACGCGUGGACGCCGUGAGCCUCAUGCGCGGGUGCAUGGGUACGGCCAUCCAGGCGUCUGUUUCUCUCAAUUCUUCCUCCCACCCUCCCCCUUUGUUGCCCUCCUCUUUCUGCUUUUCCAUCGUCCCAGGCGUCUGUUUCUCUCAAUUCUUCCUCCCACCCUCCCCCUUUGUUGCCCUCCUCUUUCUGCUUUUCCAUCGUCCCAGGUGAGCCUCAUGCGCGGGUGCAUGGGCGUGGCCACACAGGACCACGUGGGCUCCACCAUCAUGGUCGCCCUGCCAAUGAAAGCGCGCCACGUGGCACCACCCACAGGAGCAGCAGUCGGGGAGGAUGAGGAAGGGGAGGGGGAGGGAGAGGAGGAAGGGGAGGAGGAGGAGGGGAUGGAGGAGGGGAUGGAGGAGGCUAUGGUAUGGGUGGACAUGAAGUGGGCCACGAGGGAGGUGGUGGAGGGGAAGCGGGCGCUCGUGGUGGAUGGGGAUGGCGUGAGGGCAGAGGCCACAAUCACAGCCCUUAGGUACCUAGGCGUGCAAGCUGCUGUUGCAGGCACACACGAGGAAGCCACGCGGAAGAUUCUGGGACGGCAGCCGGAAGCUGCGUGGCGCAGUGGUGGAAACCCCAAGCCACGGAUCAGCAGCAGCACCGAUGUGGGAGCGCAGGGCAAGCCCGCGAACGGCUCAGAUGCUGCGGCGAGCAAGUCGGGGAUCGGUUUUGGCCGUCGGAUCAAGUUUGACCACCGCAGCCUCGUUCUCUUCCACUCCGCUAGUGCCGCUGCCCGUGCUCCCGUUUCCCCACCUCUCCCCGCCUCUAUCCCUCUCCCUGCGGGGCCGGGCUGUGCGGGUGUGAGCUACGCCAGAGCGCUCGCAGCAGGCUUUGCCGACACGCUCCCCCAGCCCUGCCUUGUUGCCGACCUUGCUCAGUGCCUGCACGCGGUGAGUCCCUUGAUUGCCCGAGUCACCUCGUGUGCCUUGUCGCUGGCGGUGGCUUUGCCGAUACCCUCCCCCAGCUGUGCCUCGUGGCUGACCUCGCCCAGUGCGUGCAUGCGGGCGCUCGCUGGCGGUGGCUUUGCCGAUACCCUCCCCCAGCUGUGCCUCGUGGCUGACCUCGCCCAGUGCCUGCAUGCUCUCUUUGCCCCCAUCGACCAAUCAGACAACCUUUCCGACACCUCCACCAAUCACGUCGCGCCAGCCGACCCCUCCGCCGUCUCCUCCCUCGCCCCCUCCACCCCUCCACGCCCCAAGUCCCCGCAAUUCCGCUCCAAAGCCGCGCUCGGCCUCGUGAAACCCGAAGACGCUGCCGCUUUGCUGAAAGAAAUGCUUAGCGGGCGGGAGGUGAUGGUGGUGGAUGACAACGCGGUGAACCGGAUGGUGGCGAGGAAGACUCUGCAGGGGCUGGGGGCGAAGGUGGAGCUUGUGGGGAGUGGAGAGAAGGCACUGGAAAGAUUGAGCUUAAGCUCCCCAAAUGCAUUUGCCAUGUUGCUGAUCGACCUGCACAUGCCGCCUGGCAUUGACGGGUAA